AUGAACGACAAAACUUCAGUCAUGAGUAGAGCGCCGGUCUCUCGGUCUUUUGGGGCCCUGGAGACACCGGGGUCCAGUCAAGAGGGGCUGGCCCAUACAUUAAAGAAACGCUCAAAGAACAAACAACCAACAGAACCCAUAUCACCGCCACAACCGCCCACCUACUACCUUCACUUCAUAUGCGGCCAUCACAUUGUUCACAACCCAGACGUGACCGUCACUCUCCGAAAAAAGACCACGUGGGAGCCCGAGACCUCGGGCAACGUCUACAAUGGUAAGUCGGCGCAGAUCUUCUGUCCCGAUUGUGCCUCCUCGCUAAGCCGGGUGACGGGCGCUCACCACUCCUACUUCUUCUCCUGCGGGCACAUUGAGAGCUCCGACGAGGCGCUGCAAAUGUGGUGGGCGCUGCAGAAUGUCGGUCUGUUGGCCCCCGGUGAGCAGAAGCUCAACAUGGACUGCCGCAGCUGCGAGAGCCAUGACAGUAGCCUGGUGAGAAACUUGCUCGAGAGCUGGAGUCGCAGCUAUACAGACACGACCAAUGGUAGCGGUAAUGGCGCUGCCUCAUAUAGUCGGGGACCCGUCCGGAUUGCUGAGCUCGCCAGGGCCCUAUCCUAUGCUCAGCGCAGCCGGCGAAAGAGCCCCGACUCGUGGCGAGAAUACCGAUGGCUCUGGGCGCAGACUUGCGCAAGGUCGAUCACCCACGCUGAACUUUUGCGUUUCCUGCGCGUCGUCGAAGAGCUUUGGGGCCCCGACUUCAUGCUCGAGGUGGGAAGCGCCGUGGGGCUCGAGUAUCUCUCGCUCCUGCGCCGUCGCAUCGAUGCCGACGUCCACAGCGCCACCAACCACGUCCCUGGGGCGGACAAGGUAUCCUCGCGCGUCGGGCUAAUCAAGACGCUGUGGGCGAGCCUGGAUGAGAUGUUUGUUGGAUUAAAAGGGUGUCUACAAAGUGCCAGCAGGGAGGGGAGAUCCCUCACGUCUCUGAUUUCCUCCAGACUGGGCCACGAGGAUCUUGAUACAACUAUCUACCAUCUUUUCGAGGCAGGAAGAGCACUGCAAAAUGCCACUUUGAAAUCGUGGGGCUCUACGAGCUCGGCUGUGAGCGUAGAAGAGGCUGAACUUAUCAAGAUCUCCGUUAGGUUAGAUGCUUCUAUGCGGAAUGUUGACAGAUGGAUGAUCAAAGCACCGGACCCAAAUGCACGAUUGGAUGAAUUGAUGCACAGCAUUUCACAUGGCAGAAAGGCGGCAUUGCGAUUAUGGAUUGGGAACAUGGCCUUGAUUCAUGAUAUGGUGAUGAAGGCCCAGGCGAGGAAGGAGGUGAGUCGAGUUCAUAGUCCAACAGUAGCUGAGCCAGUGUUCCAGCCUGUCAAUAAACCCCCAAGUCGUUAG